AUGAUCGCUGACGUCCAGUACGUGAAGCACGCGGCCAUGGUGGGCAGCGGUGCAUUCGGCACCGCGAUGGCAACCGUCCUCGCCAAGAAGGCGGAGACGGUGUCUGUGUGGCAUCUUGACGCAAAGGAGGCGCAGAUGAUCAAUGAAAAGCGGGAGAACGUGCUUUUCCUGAAGGGUGUGCCGUUGCCGUCGAACGUGACGUACACCGCCGACACCAUGGCAUGCAUUGCGAAUGCGGACAUCCUCCUCCUCGCCAUCCCCACGCAAUUCCUCCGCGGAUACCUGAAGAAGAACAGCGACUUGAUUCGCCGCCACAUCGUGGAGCGUCGGGUGCCGAUUGUUGUCUGCAGCAAGGGCAUCGAGCGCUCCUCGCUGCAGUUCCCUGCGCAGAUUCUUGCAGACUUCCUCCCCGGCUACCCCAUCUCGGUGCUCGCCGGGCCCUCCUUCGCACUGGAGGUGGCGAAGGGCAUGCACACCCACGUCUGCACGGCUGCAACAGACAUCAACAUGGCCCGCAGGGUGCAGCGCAUCAUUACGACNGCCGAUGGCACCUUCCGCUGCUGGGCCUCGACUGACAUCGUUGGCUGCGAGGUGGCGAGCGCGGUGAAGAACGUGCUGGCCAUCGCGUCAGGUGCGAUCAAGGGCCUCGGCACGGAUUGCAACGCCCGCGCCGCCCUCAUCACACGCGGGCUGCUGGAAAUCCGCAAUUUGACGCUGGCGCUCGGCGGCACCGGCGAGGCGGUGUUCGGGCUUGCGGGCCUCGGCGACCUUCUUCUCACCUGCUCUUCGGAGCUCUCGCGCAACUUCACUGUCGGCAAGAAGCUGAGCCAGGGAAUGACCAUGGCGGAGAUUCGCCGCACCUCCAAGGCCGUCGCCGAGGGCGUUGCCACCGCGGAGUCGCUGGAGCAGCUGGCGAAAAAGAUGAGGGUGCGGCUCCCCGUCGCUCACGAGGUGUACGGCGUGCUGUACGAGAACAAGGACGUGAAGAAGGCAUUUGAUAAGCUCCAGCGGUGCCCCAUGCAAGACGAGGGCCUCCCUCCGCUCUCUCAUCUCUGA